AAAGUGUUUGUACCAAACGAGCUGUCGCGCCAUUAAUUCAACUGUGAUCUAUUACCAAAUCGUUAUACCUGAUAGUCGCUCCUCAGCAAUGAGGAUAGGGCUAAUAGUCAUAAGUAGCCUUGUGCUACUCAUGUUAGUGAGUGGUUCAAUUAUCAAAUGUACCAAGUGUAAGAAAAAUGAGUGCGAGUGCAAACGGAAAGUUUUGAAAGCAUCGACCGUUCCCCCGGAUUCAUGUUUAAAGAAAAAUAAGUCUGCGGACCUACCUCCGAUAAAAGACAUCUGUUCGUGUUCUACCGUAGCCAAGGUACGACCUGCACAACCUCAAAACGAAGUUCCAAAAUUCGCCUGUUCGACAUCAUGCGAGUGCGGACUUCAAGAACCAUUGCCAAAAAAAUACUCUGCUGAUGCUGUCAGUCAUCAUCUUGCUGUUUUGGCGGCAAAAAGGAAACAUAUAUGUGAAAUGGAUAUUCACUUCCAGGGCAACGCAGCGAAACCCACACCAAAAUCCAAAUGUGUUAUGGACGUUGGCGAAGAGCGGUUGCACAAAUUCAACCGUCAGCUGAUUGAGCUGAAACCCCCGAAGAAGAAACGCGUCUACAAGCACCAUUCAACGGAAGAGGACGAGGAAUGCCCCUGCCAGGUCGAGAAGCAAUCCUAUGCAGAAAUUUGCUACGGAAAAGUUGAAACGGAAAAACCAGAGUUCGAGAAAAUUACAUCGCAAACUUCAUGUUCCUGCGAAGUGUGCCGAGAUAACUUCUCGAAAGAAUUCUCCUUCGAAGUGUCCCAGGAGCAUAAGUGCUCCCAGGAAAAAGUAAAGACAGAGAAACCACCAUGUAGUACCAAAAAGCCUUGUAAAAAGCCGAAAAUUUCGAAGCAGUCCGAACAGCAAGAAAAGGAUGACGACGACCGUAGCAUUGUGUUCGAAAGUGAAGAAGAGGAGCUGGUACGGCGUAAGAGAGGACAGCAUAAGAAAAAAAAUAGAAAAUCACGACAAGCUAGGAUAAUUGAGACUAGCCCUGUGAACUAUAGGGAUGCAAGGAAUAAAACUGGUGCAUCAAUGCUUUAGGAGAAAAAUAUAUUAGUGUAGAAGUAAAUAACAUCAAUUGAAAACUAUUUAUUUAUUUAUUUGCUGUUUCAGUGAUGGUCUUAUGUAUAUCAUAUUUUGUAUGGCUGGAUAGUUUACCUGAUCACAGGUAAUUUUCAUAACAAACGCAAACAUCCCUCGAGAUUAGUUUUACAUUACAUAUAACAAUUGGUAAGUUUCCAAUUCCUAUUUUGAACCGAGGUUCCUUGUACGUUACAGGGAUCAUUUUUGACAAUUAAAAACCAAUAUUCAAAAAUAAUUGAAAAAAAUAUGACAUUGUAGGGACAAUGUAAAUUGAGUGAAUUAGAAAGACUUAUGAUUUAACUGCAUCCGGUUGUUACAAAAAUGUGUAGCGUUAUCCGAGGGCCAAUUGAUAAAACGUACCAAGCAAACCAAACUAAAAAAAUUGAUAAGGUUUACUUUCAAGCAUGGUAAAGAAACAUAUUUUCAACACAUCAAAUCGAUAUUGACAGACGCUAAAAAUAUCAAUUCGAACCCAGCAAAUUCUUUACUAGUAAAAACAGUAAUCAGAUAGUUACAAAUACUAUUAAAACAAGUUAAAAAAAUCAAUUUUAUAAAAAACACAAUAAAAGACAACUUCUUU